UCCUGCCAGCCUCGCUGUGGUCCCUGCGGCUGGCGGCCGUGUGUCUCCGCCAUAUUGUCUGUGUGAUCCCGGCGGGAGCGGCGGCCGCGGGGAGCGGGAACAGCAGGUGCGGGGUGGGACGGGAGCCAGAACCGGGCCGCGGGUGGAACAGCAAGAUCCUCCGUCUGCAGCAUCUCUCUUCUGGGUCUUCAAAGUCGCUGUCUGUUGGUGGCCGCCAAGCAGUCUGCCAUGUCGGGACCUGUGCCAAGCCGGGCCCGUGUCUACACGGAUGUGAACACGCACAGACCUCGGGAAUAUUGGGACUACGAAUCACAUGUUGUAGAGUGGGGGAACCAGGAUGAUUAUCAGCUUGUCAGGAAACUUGGCCGAGGCAAAUACAGUGAAGUCUUCGAAGCUAUUAACAUCACCAACAAUGAGAAGGUGGUGGUGAAAAUCCUGAAGCCCGUGAAGAAGAAGAAAAUUAAACGUGAGAUCAAGAUCCUGGAGAACCUGCGCGGAGGGCCCAACAUUAUCACACUGGCAGACAUCGUGAAGGAUCCUGUGUCCAGAACACCGGCUUUGGUCUUUGAACAUGUGAACAAUACAGAUUUUAAGCAGUUGUACCAGACUCUAACAGACUAUGACAUUAGGUUCUACAUGUAUGAAAUAUUAAAGGCCCUGGAUUAUUGCCAUAGUAUGGGCAUCAUGCACAGAGAUGUGAAGCCUCACAAUGUAAUGAUCGACCAUGAGCACAGAAAGCUGCGGCUAAUAGAUUGGGGCCUGGCGGAGUUCUACCACCCGGGACAGGAAUACAACGUCCGAGUCGCCUCCCGAUACUUCAAGGGCCCUGAGCUGCUAGUAGAUUAUCAGAUGUAUGACUACAGUCUGGACAUGUGGAGCUUGGGCUGCAUGCUGGCCAGCAUGAUCUUCAGAAAGGAGCCCUUCUUCCACGGGCACGAUAACUAUGACCAGCUGGUGAGAAUAGCCAAAGUACUGGGGACCGAAGAUCUGUACGAUUACAUCGACAAAUAUAACAUUGAACUGGAUCCACGCUUUAAUGAUAUCUUAGGCAGGCAUUCCCGUAAACGGUGGGAGCGUUUUGUGCACAGUGAGAAUCAGCAUUUGGUCAGCCCCGAGGCCUUGGACUUCUUGGACAAACUGCUGCGAUAUGAUCACCAGACAAGGCUGACUGCCCGCGAAGCCAUGGACCAUCAGUACUUCUAUCCCAUUGUGAAGGACCAGUCCCGAAUGGGCUCCUCUAAUAUGCCCGGUGGCAGCACACCCGUCAGUAGCGCCAGUAUGAUGUCAGGGAUUUCCACGGUGCCAACUCCCUCAGCCCUGGGCUCUUUAGCUGGAUCACCCGUCAUCUCUGCAACCAACCCCCUGGGGACGCCUGUCGCAGCUGCCGCCGGAGCCCCCCAGUAGGAGACCUUUGUCCUGGCGCCUCUUCGGGGGAGGGCUGCAGGGGGUGGAUGAGAUCUAUUCCUUGGCCCUUCUGACUCUCAUCCCACCUGAUUGGGAGGGGGCCACCCCAAGAGAAGAAGCCCCUGGAUGCGCCGUGUCUGAGCAGUUGCUUGUGGAUUUAUAGUAGUUCUGUCAUUAUAUAUAUAAAAAAUAUUAUAGGCUGAAUAAUUUUUUUUUUUUUUAUUACUUUUGUUAUGGCUCCUGGUCACGGGCCCUCGUGUCUCUGGGAUUUGGCUCUAUCCUCAUGGCUCCUGGUCACGGGCUGCCCUGAUAUUUCCUCUCAUUGUUUCAUGGAUAGUGUUUUUUUUAUUUUGUGGAUUUUUUUUGUUCCUCAAUGCCCCUCUCCCUAUCUCUGCCCCACUUGCUGUGGGGGGGCUAGUUGGAUUUCCGCCAUGUACUUUUGCUCUGGGCUCUGACAUGGUCCAGCUCUGUGGUGACUGUCAGUAAUAUUGGUGGCUAGGCGGGGGAGCGUCGCUGUCUGGCCUUUGGCUGCUCCUACAUUGCAUGGUAUUCCCAAUCGGAACAGAGCCCCCCUUUUGUCAGCUUUGGGUCCCUGUUGCCCUGCCACUACUUUCUGGUGUAAUGACACAAGCAGAGGGUCCUUGUGCUACACACUAUAUCCUCCCUUCACUGUCCCACAACACGUGCCAUUCUUACAGUGACGGUUGGCAAGGUGAGACUUUGCCAUUUUUUUUAUUCCAUUGUGUAGAAAGUUCCCUCUUUAAUCCUGUCAAAUGGCAAAUUAUCCCCCCAUGGCACCUCCCCAGACAGCUUGCCCUGGGGCUCUCCCUACAGCAGGCAGUUGGCCUGGCAAACAGCCCAUUGCUUCACUAAACUCCAAACCUGACCCUUGCACCCCAUCAGAGAGAUGUCCCAGUGACACAACGCUUUCUCUUCACAUGUGACAGAUCUAAUGUUGGAACUCUUUGGUGUAAAUAAACAUGGUUUUAUUUAUCAA